ACAGCAGAGUCACAAAUGGCAGGAGGGGACGGGGUGUGUGGGGAACACCAGGAGACUCUGAAACUGUUCUGUGAAGAGGAUCAAACUUCUGUCUGUCUGGUUUGCCAUCUGUCCCGGGCUCACAGAGCUCACAGGGUGGUUCCCAUAGAGGAGGCUGCCCUGAAGUACAAGGUGAAACUCCAGGAGGCCCUGGGCCCUCUGAGGAAGGAGCUAGAAGAGUCCUUGGCUCUGACAUCUAAAGAAGAGGAGAAAACUACAGAGUGGCAGGGGAAAGUGAAGAAUAAGAGAGAGAUGAUUGCAGGUGAAUUUAACAAACUGCACAUGCUGCUGAGAGAAGAGGAGCAGCUGCUUCUGCAGAGCCUGGAGGAGGAGGAGAGGGACACUCUGCACAGACGAAGGGAAAAUAUAACCAAGCUCUCCCAGCAAAGCUCCUCUCUGCAGCAGCUGAUUACAGAGAUAGAGGAGAAGUGUCGGCAACCAGUUGUCGAGCUGCUAAAGGAUGUGAAAAGCACAUUGAGCAGGAGUGAGAAUGUGAAACUCCAGGAACCAGAAGCUGUUUCUACUGACCUGAAGAACGUGUAUAAAAUUUCCCUUGACAUGAGGGAAGCGCUGAAGAGAUUUGGAGUGGACGUGACCCUGGAUCCAGACACGGCAAGUCCCUGGCUCGUCCUGUCUGAGGAUCGGAAACAUGUGAGAGACGGACACACACGCCAGGAUCUGCCCAACAAUCCUGAGAGAUUUGAUAAAUAUCCCAUUGUCCUGGGUGCUGAGGGAUUGGGUGGGAGGUGUUACUGGGAGGUGGGGGUGGGAGACGAGACUGAGUGGGACCUGGGGGUUUGUCGGGAAUCUGUGCGCAGGAAAGGGGAGUUCAUACACAAAGACUACUGGAGACUCAUACUGAGGGGUGGGAAAUACUCUCCCUGCACCUACCCCUCGACCCCGCUCCCCGUGAGCAUCCGGCCUGGCCGGGUGGGGCUUUUCCUGGACUAUGAGGCAGGCGAGGCCUCAUUUUACAAUGUGACUGACGGGUCCCAUCUCUUCACUUUCACCGGCAGCUUCUCCGGGACGCUCUGCCCUUAUUUCAGUUCGGGUGUCAACACUCGGGGUACAAAUGCGGCUCCGCUGAUCAUCUGCCCGGUCCCGGCUCCAGCCGGAGGGAAUCUCAGUCCCUGACAGUGACCCCGUGGCUCAGACUGUCCCCCCCAGUGCUGCUGCUCCUCCUGUUCCCAGUGGUGGGGGCCGGUUCCUGCAGCAACUGGACUUUUUGUGCUCACCGGACGCUGCCAGUUUCCCUUUUCAACUGGAGGUUCCAGUCGAAAACCAGUCACCUGGCAACCCCCAGCCCUCACCUUCGCCUGUACCCUGUCCCAGGGGUAGCAGGUGGUGGGGGACGGGGUCAUUCACUCCUGCCAGAAUUUUCUACCCCUGUGAAAUCUCAAUGUAAAAUAUGAAAGA